AUGUACACCAUCAAGGCAAAUGCUUCUUACUUGCAGAGCGCAUUGCCAUUUCGGAGACAACUGUGGCACUUCUGGCGUUACAAGCAACUGAUCCGAGCCCUGCUCGGACUGAGAAGAGCAGAGCGGAUCGUUAACAGGGCUACCUUCAUCAUAAGCGCUGGUACAAAUGACAUGCUCCUAAACUACAUCGCGUCGAACCGAUCAGCAGGCCCCAUCGCCAUGCUGCGGUACGAGAACCACCUGAUAGCACGCCUCGGCAACUAUACCCAGGUGAUGAGGAUGCUUGGAGCGAGAAGGUUCGUGUUCGUCGGGCUACCCCCGAUCGGCUGUCUACCGAUCGCGAGAACAUUGCUUGGAAGGGAUCCAGAUGGAUGCGACAGCGAUCUAAACCAGCUGGCGGCUUCCUUCAACUCGAGGCUGAUUCAGCUGUCGAAUUUCAUCAACUACCAGCCCCGAUUGAGAAGCGCCUACAUAGAUACCUACACAAUCAUACGGGCCGCAACUGACAACCCUCAGAAUUACGGGCUGACGGAGGUGUCGAGAGGGUGCUGCGGGUCAGGGAUGAUCGAGGUUGGCCAGACAUGCAGAGGGCGAAGGACAUGCCCGGACCCGAGCAAGUACUUGUACUGGGAUGCUGUCCAUCCGACAGAGACAACGAACCAGCUUAUCACAAGCCUGAUGCUGGACUCCAUUGCCGGAAUCUACAGCUAGAGACCCAAGUUCAAGAGGAGGAUCCUUUGCGUAGCAAGCUAAAGUGUAAAGGCCACUACUGGGACAAUUUCUGCUUUCUUUCUUUCAUUCUUUUACAUCAGUAUCAUGGUAUUCAACUGUGCUGCAAGUGUCAUGUGCUAUAUCUAACUGUACUGCAGUUUAGUUGAGUUGUAAGACUAGAGUGAAGAUGUUACUGUAACCUUUGCAACUGAAGAAAAAGACACAGAAUAACUGAAGA